AUGGAUCAGCCACGUAAGUCUUGGGUAGCGCCGGACGGAAUUCAUCAGGACGUUGAAACAUUCGGUAGGAUGCUGGCUGUUCAGCAGGAGCGUCGGAACAUUCAUGAGCUGGUCAACAAAAGGAUAGAGGACGCACCACUCCCGCUCGGUGAACCGGAAAGGUACGCGAAGCCGGGUCGCUUGGGUACGUGUGCCUCUAUUCGGCGGAGCCGAUCGUCCCGGGGAAUCCAGGCCAAGUGCCACAACACUCUCUCCGAUCGAAAUCGGAAGCUUCCGUUCCAGCCGCCACUCACUCCGCACCUUUACAUCGGCCAUAUCGCACACGGGUCAUCUCUAUCGCAGCGCGCCAAAUCGCAGUACGGACACGCCGGUGAUCGCCAUCGUGUUACCGCCAUCUUCGUAGCUAUCGUCGCCAUCGUCAACGACAUCGAAGCCUCAUCGUUCCUGCCGGCAUCGAGUCAUCAAAAUCUUGCGCAGAUGAACCUGAGAACGGGGGCCUUUGUAGGCCUGCUAUGUAUAGGGCUGGUGUCGGCCCAAUUGAACUACCAGCCAGAGUUCCUCUCGGCUGGUCAGGGUUUCCGUGCUGCUUCACAAUACCGAAGUAAAUCAGUUUUCAAACGUCAAGCUCCGGGUGAUGGUGCUGAUGUAAUACCGCAUGAUCAAAAGAAACAAACUACUUUCUGGUGGGUAGCGCCAGACUCUCCUUUCAAGGCUACUAAAAUCGGUGGCGGUGUGCAGUCUCCUCCGGGCGCUAGUGAAGAUGGAGCUUCGGGAGCAGCAGGAGCUGCAGGUGCCGGCGGAGCGGCUGCUGGGCAGGCUGGGACAGCAUCAGCAGGACAGGCAGGAGCUUUUGGUUCAACAACAUCAUCACAAUCUAGUUUUCAGGCUACUGCUUCGAGAUCGUUCGGAGCUACUGCCGGACAAACCGGCCAAGCUGGCCAAGCUGGACAAGCUGGCCAAGCUGGACAAGUUGGACAAGUCGGACAACAGGGAGCUAGUGGAACUUCUACUUCGGUCCAGGCUACCGCAUCUAGGACAGUCGGUACCCAGACCGGAGCAGUAGCAGGUCAAGGUCAAGCAGUUGGGGGUAUCGGAGGAUUCGGUACCACCAUCUCCAGGACCUCGACCGCCACUACACGAACCACAGGUAUCCAAGGUCAGGCUGGAGCAUUUGGACAAACAACCAAUACGCAAGCUGCUGGUACAAACACCGUGGCUGGGGCCACGCGUACCAAUACGUUCACAGCAACAAAUCAGGUCAACUCACAAGGCGUUAUUUCACCAGGACAACCAGGUCAGCCAGGUCAGCCGGGACAACCAGGUGUAACCGGCGGAGUGCGAACUACCAGCACAUUCCGUAAAACAACCGCCACAACAACGACAGGAGUUGCUCCAGUUCCUGCUCCUGCACCACCGCCACCAGUCUAUACUAACACUAAUACAGCUACUACUAUCUCUAGAAAUACUAAUACAGCUACUAGCAUAACCAAUACGCAGCAGCAGCAACCGCCGCCGCCUGGUACUUUCCAAACUAAUACUAACACAGCUACAACUUCUACCUUCGGGGCUGCUACCAGGACCGAUGUAACCGGUACAAGAACCGAUCAAGGGCCGCCUCCUAUCUCGCCAACAUCAGGUAUUGGAGGAUCCAGUAUUACACGCUCACAGGAAAACACCGGCACUGGCAUUAGCACACACACCAUCACCAGUGGUGUCAACCUGCAGCCAUUCUUCAAAAAGACCACUGUUACAUCGCAUGGUUACGACUAUCCCGUCCCGACGACGGUUCCAUGCUACGAACCGAACAAGGUUUGUACACCGAACGAGUACUGUGUCAACGGAUUGGUCCAGGAGAGCCAGCUGAAUCUGUUCAACACCAACAACCAGAACUGCAACUCAGCCACCGAGCAGUGUUGUAAGAUUCUUCCAGCGCCACCACCAACCCAGUGUCCGGAUAACACAUACGUCUGUGUUUCGCCCGACUUGUGCAACAAUGGACUGCUGAGCUUCGAUGCGCAGAAUGCGAUUUCCCCACAGCCGUCCGGCCAAUGCUUUUCUCCGGAAGUAUGCUGCAAGACCCAAUCGCUCAUCUCCGAGUCGACCGUGUUGACCAAUGAAGGAUACGUAGUAAGAGUACCAGACAAUCAAUACCUUCCUCCGGAAGGCCAAAACACAAACACAGACAUUCAAACUGCACGCCCACCACCACAACCCACCACUCCACGCCCACCACCACCCACUACUACACGUUACGUUCCACCACCCACCACAACACGUUACGUACCACCACCAACCACCAAUCGUUACGUGCCACCACCAACCACUACUCGCUAUGUACCGCCACCAACCACCACGAGGUACUUCCCACCACCGACCACUACGAGCCCUCCAUAUCGCGGUGAUGAGUACAUUCCACCCAGGGAAGAAAUUCCAGCAUCCUCCAAUACCGAUCCUAAUGCGGUGAGACCUCCACAGGAUACGAACGAAGUUCCCAGCCCAGCCCAGGACACGCCCAGCUUCAUUCGUCCAACGCCACCACCACGACCGAUCCAGCCCCGGCCUAACCCACCACCAGUCGGAGGAGACGCUCCACCACCACUCCCACCAGUAGGAUGCUCGGCUGCCAUGAACUGUACCGAACGCGAAUUCUGCUCUUCCACCGGUGUCAUCUCCAAGACCCCAGUCGUCCUAACCCCCGAGCAGGAGCUGUUCCGAGUUCCGGUCACCGAAUGCCGCAACCCAGAAAAGGGCUUCACCGGAGUGUGCUGCCGUGAUCCAGACUACGUUGAUCCAUGGCCGGUAGGUAUGCUGGGACUGUACAACCCGGAAAUCCUGCCCUUCGACGAUGGCUCCUACAAGCCCAACGGAAACAACGGUAACGGCAACCAAAAUGGAAACAGCAUCACUCAGACCAGCCAAACCCAGCGAAGCGAAGCAUUCCUGCCGUCUCCCAGUCGAGUGACAGCCGCUCAGAGCUACGGUCCGAAUCAAAUAACCAGCGCCAGCCAGAGUCAGUACACGCAAUCCAAGUCCCAGUACGAUCGAGGUGUCACGGCUUCUGCUUCAACAACGUCCAACACCGCAGUGCAGAGACAACAAACGCAAACAACGGGCAACGGUGGAAGUAAACGAUUCACGGCCGGUGGACUUCAGUUCGUACACAGCGGCAAUACGCGUUUCAAGCCAUUCCAAAAGCAGUCGGAUGGACAGUGCGCACCAAGGAACUAUAACACUCAACCACGAGGUGCCGGACCAUGGGAUACUGGAUUCGGAGAGUUCCCUUGGCAAGCGAUGGUGAUUCUCGAAUCGAACAAGACUCUUCUUUGCGGAGGUGCCAUCAUUUCUGAGACAACCGUAGUGACUGCCGCCAACUGUGUAUACGGACUGAACCCACGUGACGUGAUGAUCAAGGGAGGUGAAUGGCGAUUGGGAGUUGACGCUGAACCAAAGACAUUCCAAAUUGUGCGAGUAAAGGACGUUAUCUAUCAUCCGGCCUACCAACCAACGACUCUGAACUACGAUGUCGCCAUGCUUGUGUUAGAGGACCGCCUGCGAUUCGAUACCCAUAUUGGACAAUUGUGUCUGGAUGAGAACGAUGUUGUGCCAAGUGCUUCGUACGAAAACUGCGUGACAACCGGUUGGGGACGUGAAGUGUUGAAGAUUCACAUCGGAAACGCUUUGAUGCAUCAAAUGCCAAUUUCGCUACUUUCGGAAGCCGAAAGUCAGCGUCAGCUGCAAAACAACGGAUUCACGCCAGAGUCGCACAUCUGUGGUCGUCCAGCGGCCGAUGCCUGCGACGUAGACAUCGGUAGUGCGUUGGCUUGUGCCGACACCAGCGGAUCGUACUACUUGAAGGGUGUCUACUCGUCGGACAACGGCUGUGGCCGACCGGAUCAGAUAGUGUCCUUCUCGAACAUCGAUGUGCAAUGGAUCAGACAGGCCCUGAAGAAUCCAAACCAAUUCAUCACGGCAGUGCCGAAUUACCAGACGGCAGCCAACAGUCCAGUGAUCAGCACCGUCCAGCAGCCAUCGACGUUGGGGCCCAAUUAUGGAAAGGCUUAUCUGCCUCCGUACUAAUAGGUGCCACCGCAGUAGAACAAGCCCACUGAGAUAUGACAUAAUUUACUAAAUGCUUUAGUUAGAACGUAUUCUAGCCGUUAGCGUUGCAGAAGUGACCACACUGUUUCACCGCACCUAGAGACAUCGAAACAUCCAAUCGUCAUUCAUUUGUUUAACCUCCCAAAAUCAAACCUCUAGAUUAAGUAUGUUUACAUUGAAUGCAUCUUGUUGUGAUCUGUACGAAACAACCCAUCCAAGAAUCAUGCGCAAAUUCUUCAUCAAAACAAAAAUCAUUGUCGAGUUUCGCCUAGGUAAACGCCCCACUCACACCAGUGAUUAUCUAAAGCAAUGAAUAUCGUACGUAGAACAAAGGUCACCUUCCUACACCUUAGCCAAAACCCUGCCCCAUUAUUCAUAUCGCGAAACAGGUUUAGCAAAAGUGCGCACACGCGACCCCUUUUGAAAGUAGGCCCUUUCUUGAGCCAAAAUAAAAACGACGUUAAUACUCCCGAAAGCACUACCAUCGAACGCCAUGUACAAAGCCCCAUCUUUCGCCCUUAUGUUUAGUUUAGAUCGUUUAGCAUUCAGUUUUCUUUUAUGUUUUAUAACGAUAUUACUGACACCUGGACAUUUUCGUACCUUUUUAAGACGUUUCCCCAUCUUCGAACCUUUCGCGGCACCAAUUUAUUUAAUUACAUAUUCCAAAUAUAUGAUAAUCAGUAAAAACGAAAUAUAAAAAUAUGGUCAUAAAGAAAAUGAGAAUGCAUUUCAAGAGUUAGAUACACAAUAUUCUAAUCAUAAAUGCACAAUAGAACAACAAACUGUGAAUGAAAGGAAAAGCUGAUGGACGGAAGUCAAUGACUAUUGUUUGCUGUAAUAAUUCGUAAGUAAUGUUAAAAGAGAAAUGUUCGGUAGAGAAGUUUUAACGCUAUUAGCUUAGCGGAUAGCAGCAGGCCCGAAAUGAGACAUACAGAUAUAGUUAGAAGCAAAUAGUCGACGGAUCGGAUCGUGACAAAAAUACCCGCAAACAAUGAAACGAGUUUAACGUAACGUAAAAAUGAUAUUUUUAGUAUUAUUUAAUUACCUGUACAUAAAAUUCACUACUGUAAGACACAUCUGUAAGAAAAUAA